AUGCUCCCCCUUAGUUCACUGAGACACCUUACCUACACAGCUGAAUACAGAAAGCCUUCAACGGCUUUCUUCCACACCGUGUGUAAAGCCACCAAAGAGCACAGGUGUGACUUCGGCGAACUUCCUAGUUGCCAUGGAAAUUAUCAAUUCAGAGUGAGGACAGAGUUAAAGGGAAAUACCUCCAGCUGGGCGGAAACCCCAAACUUCUCUCUUAAGAAAGAAACCGUCAUUGGUCCUCCGAACGUAACCUUGGUCACCAAGGGAGGAGCUAUAGGAGCUGUAGAGGUGAACAUUCAGAAUCCGGUGCUAAAGAUCUCAUCGCUGAAAGAAGCCUACAGCAAAGUGGAAUACAAUAUCAGAUACUGGAAGAAUACUGACAAGAAGGAUGUGUUUGAGAGAGAGAGGGUGACUGAGCAACGUGUUAAGCUGAAGCCACUGGAGCCCAACACUAGAUACUGCAUUCAGGUCCAGGUGUACAUACCGAUGCCGCACAACAAUACGGGGCAGUACAGCAAGGAUGCGUGUGUGAUGAGCACACCGAUCAACACAACCACAGAUGGGGAGCGAAGGCUGUCUGAGGGCCUGGUGGUCAGUUUGGUGACAGUGGCUGUGGCUUUCCCACUACUCCUCCUAGUCCCCUGGAUCAUCUACAAAGGGAGAAGGUUCCUCCAUCCCAAGGUUAAGCUGCCUGAGCAUUUGAAACAGCACCUGACUGAUUCUCAUCAAUACACCUACCUGGCCUCGCAGAUCACCUCUCCUCUACAAGAGAAGUAUGAUCAGAUCAGCGCUCUGUGUGAGGAAAACCCAUACAAUGUGUUGACUGACGUACCAGAGGACAACCUUUACCAUGUGCAUAGUGGGGUCUCUGUGGAGAUGCCUGAAUACUACAAUGCUGUUGCUGAAAAUGCCAAUUUUGACAUGCCCUACAAGAAUAUCUGACUGGGACAAUGGUAUAAAGAUAUGAGCUACUGUAAUCAUUCUGUAUAUGGGCAUAUGGAAUCUGAGGAAAUCAGGUAGUCACGAUGGAUUGCAAGCCAUUAACAUUAAAGUGUCCAUUAGUGUCAGAAGCCCUUCAACAUUAUUCAUUUCACUUUUCAGUGUUUUUCUUUUUGGAUUUCUGUGCUUACAAAACCGUAUUGAACUUCAUUCUUUUUAGUUUUUAUAUACUAUAUAGAGCUGAAGUCGGAAAUGUACAUAUACUUAGGUUGGAGUCAUUAAAACUAGU